CACAGUAUGUCCUGUCUUUCUGUGCUUCGAACCCAGGUCCGGGCUCUGACGUGAUGCUCACAGACUUGAGUCGCACGUCAGCAAGCUGUGAGUCUGCCGAGUGGCAUCUCGAUGCGUGGAUUAGGCCUGGUAUACGUAUAUAUAAGAUCUACUGCGAAGCCUCGGGCAUCUUUAGGAAGAUGUCAGGCGGGAUCGGUGACUCAGGUGUAAUUCCGAGAUGAAACUCAGUUCGUGGAUGUCAGAACCGUAAAUCCGCCGGCAGAAACAAAGGAGUUGCGUAUUAUUACCUGGACAUGUCUGGGCAUUGCCUGCCAUGAGAAACUAUCAGCCAGCUAUGGACUGCACACAUAAAUUACUGGGAAUGGUUGUUUAUCUAUGUUUAUUUCUAAAGCUUUCACACAAUACGCACAAACAAUACGACCGCAUCUUCCGAACCUAAGUGCAGCAGGCCCACUCGAAAGCUGGUGCCCGCAUUAUUCUAUUCCAAUGGCGUCUAUUUUGUCCCCUUUCCGAAGGGGCUACAGACAUCUGCAAUACCUCGCACAUGAACAACCAGUCAUCUUUUACUCUUGCGUCCUCGGACUUGCGGGACCAGCUCUUGCUCUGACUGUGCCUGCAGUCAGGAGGAAUUGGCUCGGAUAUACUCCCGCGGAGCCUAUACCUACCACAUUUCCUGUGCCAAAACGACAGCGAAGGUCUGUACAAGGCUAUGAGGACGAGUAGAGUAAUUGGUGGUUGGGCUAGAAUCAUAGACAGUCAUUUUAUUAUAUCACAAUAUAUCGACUGCCAUACAUGUAUAUUAGGCCAGCCGUCGGAGAGUAUCCUUUCAUCGCCUUGACUCAAUACCGUGAAUUUACUCGCGAGAAUACAAUAA